CUGGUCAACAUGUCUGACAAACUGCUCAAAAGGUUGGCUGUAUUCAGUUUAGUGUUUUUGCUUAUCGUCCUGAUCGCUGUGCUCUGUAUCGUGUGGACCAUGCCGGAUAACGAGCAAAUAGACACGGAUACGGAGAUAUGUUUGAGAAAUGAUCACAAAAACACCAAAUGCGGGAAAACAACAAAUAUUUUGCAUGAUGUUUUUGAAAAGGAAAUUGCAUCUGCAUAUGCUGCAGCUGCAGAACAGGAGAAAUUUCAAACAGAAAAUUACAUAAAAGAUGCUAUGAAAUACGAUGUACAGUUGAUGAAUGACUAUAAAAACACAUUGUGGGACAUGAAGCCUUCUGCCAAAUUAGUUGGCAUACGUGAAAAACCAGAACAUGAGCAUGGUAAUGCUGCAAUGACCACGCUCACAUGUUGGCGUCACGACAAAGACCUUUAUUAUACAACAGGGUUUCAGAGAUACGGAAUUCGGUUUCAAAAUGGCCGAUUAAUUGUCCCUGUAAGCGGUACUUACUACAUAUACUCGUUCCUUGGACUAACAGAACGACGUCUUACUGACGGAGGAAUUAGCGUAGAAUCAAACAAUACGCAAGAGAUAAAACAUGCAAUGCAUAGGUAUAACGUACUUGAUACUGCUGAUAUUGAAAUCGCUGCAAAUGUCCAGUCUCGUAAAAAUGUUUCGCGAGGUUACUUCAACUAUUACGCGAGUCAAAUAGCGACGUUGGUUAAGCUUCGUGCCGGUGAUGAAAUAUCAGUGAAGCUAAGUGACGUCACACUUUUAAAACACACGGGGAAUAACUACUUUGGUCUGCAUCUCAUAUGACAUCUCCGGCAUUGGGGCGGCGUCCCCGUCGCGCCGGAGGGAUGGAAGAGCCAACAAAUGCCCCAUUAUUUAUCGCACCCAGAACUUACGUUCAGCAGCCAUAUUGACGUAUUUCCAUUGUUUCUUAUAACUAUGUUAUAACUAAUAUCUGCAUCUGUUUGUCUAAUCACAGUGCAAAUUCACUUUGUGUUUUGUUUCUUUUUACAUUUCAUAAAUUAUAUUUUUGUAAAUUAAAAUAAUGAAACAAUGCUAAAUUGGAAAACGAUUUCAAAAACAAUGUAAACUAUAUGCUGUAAUAUGUAACAUGUUAUUCUCGUAAAUGAUUGAGGAGAAAGAGACUGUCGUAUUAAAAUAAUUGUCUAAAAUACCUUCAAUUAUUUCGGUAAUUACAUGAUAUUUACCUUUCUAAUUGAGACAUAAAUUUACUGUAAAAGUGAUUUUGAUAGGUACUACCGCUUGUGCGAUUUGUAAGAAUACUGGCAUAAUAAAUGAAAUGUAAUAUAAGAUGAGAUUACUGAGCAGUUGCCUUAUUUUUGAAUUUCCUAAAACAUAAGAAAUACUUAGAAAGUGUUUCGGAUAAAUAGUCAGAGUCGACAAAACUGACCUCAAAGGCAACAGAAACAACAUAACCAGCAGCUAUGUCAGUAUAAUCACAAUAAUAUUUCUGAAAUUUCGUUUUUUCUAAAUGUUAAAAUUUAGUCACGUGUACGCUGAUGUCAUACAGCGC